AUGAAGGGACUAGCCAGUGAUGGCGGCCUUUUCAUCCCCGAGGAAGUUCCUUCCCUGCCCCAGGGCUGGGAGAGCUGGGCCGACAUCAGCUUCGAAGAACUCGCCUUCAACAUCAUGUCCCUCUUCGUUUCGCCCGAGGAAGUCCCCGCGGACGACCUGAAGGAUAUCAUUAAGCGGUCCUACUCGACCUUCGACCAUCCUGAACGUACCCCGCUCGUCGAACUCGACCCCAAACAAAACCUCUACCUGCUGGAACUUUGGCACGGACCGACACGGGCAUUCAAGGAUGUCGCCCUCCAAUUCCUCGGAAACCUCUUCGAAUACUUCCUCAAGCGUGAGAACGAGGGCAAGGUCGGCAAGGACCGACACCACCUGACGGUUGUUGGUGCCACCUCCGGUGAUACUGGCUCGGCCGCUAUCUACGGUCUCCGCAAUAAGAAAGACACCAGUGUCUUCAUUCUGUUCCCCAACGGAAAGGUGUCGCCCAUUCAAGAGAAGCAGAUGACUACCGUGCUCGACGCCAAUGUGCACAACCUGACCGUCGAGGGAUCCUUCGACGACUGCCAGGACAUUGUCAAGGCCCUGUUCGCCGACCCCGACAUCAACUCUACUCACAGCCUCGGAGCCGUGAACAGCAUUAACUGGGCUCGUAUCCUGGCCCAGAUCACCUAUUACUUCUACUCCUAUUUCUCCCUGACCAAGUCGGCGAACUAUAACAAGGAUAAGAAGGUCAACGUCGUCGUUCCCUCCGGUAACUUCGGUGAUAUUCUUGCUGGCUACUUCGCCAAGCGCCUUGGACUGCCUGUCGAGAAGCUUGUCAUCGCGACUAAUGAGAACGACAUCCUAGACCGCUUCUUCCGUAGCGGUGGCCACUACACCAAGAAGGCCCUUAACACCACCGACGAGGGUGUGAAGGAGACCCACAGCCCUGCCAUGGACAUUUUGGUGUCCAGCAACUUCGAGCGUCUGCUCUGGUUCCUGGCCUUCCAGACCGACCGUGCCAAUGCCGUGUCGGAGCGUCGCCAGCACGCCUGCGAGAACGUCACCACCUGGUUGAACGACCUCAAGUCCAAGGGUGGUUUCCAGGUUCCUCCCGCCGUGCUCGAGGCUGCCAUGGCCGACUUUUCCAGCCACCGUGUCAGCAACGAUGAGACCAUCGCCACCAUCCGCAGUGUCUACAAGACCUGCUUCCCCAACAACGGCCCCAGCAGCUCCAAGAGCACCAAGACUGGCGGAUACAUCGUCGACCCCCAUACUGCUGUUGGCGUUGCAGCUUCUCAACGCUCCAUUCAGGAGCACCCUGAUUCCUACCACAUCUCCUUGUCCACUGCUCAUCCCGCCAAGUUUGCCGGCUCCGUUGAUCUGGCCCUUCGCUCAGAGGAUGGCUACGUGUUUGAUGAAAUCCUGCCCAAGGAAUUUAUUGGCCUGAUGGAGCGUGAAAGCCGCGUUACUCCCGUUCCCGCUGGUGCUGGCUGGGAGGGCGUUCGCGAGAUUGUCAAGGCUGAGGUUGAGCAGGAGCUUCAGGGUCAACGGUAG